AUGAAUUAUAACAGCCAGAUAUCAGAUGAAAGCUUGAAAAACGUGAGAAUACUACUGAAUUUUGAAAUAGGGAAUCAGGUCAAGUCACUUACGAAUGCAGAGUCGAAAACUUGUUAUAAUGAGCUGGUCAAUACUGGAAAUUUGGAAGAAAAAAGUGAUGGAUACGAAAAGCUAUUCGCACAAUACGUUCUUUUCUGUGAUGAGAAAUAUUUAUGUGAAUCUGUAAUUCCAGAUUCUCGAUUCUGGAAUAUAUUCUACGAUAGUUGUCAAAAGUUAAAGCCAGAAACACUGGUACCGUGUCUAAUUAAGGUUUUUAAUGUAGCCCUCAAAUACACAGAUUCUAAUAAAAAAAAAGUCAUUGUGAGAGUCUGCCACAUCUCUACAGAGAACUUUCAACUCAUAGGGAUUCUUCUGCUCAUAUUGUCACGAAGGCCCAUUCAAAGGCCAUUGUUUACGGACACUAUACUGUCUAUAAACCUGUUUUUAAAAUGUUUACUUAUAUUAUGCGAAACAUCACUGCAACAUGCCGUAAAAUCUGUACCUGCAAUGCUCAUUUUGUUAUUUCGGUAUAACUUUCCAGCUUCAAUCUCUGAACUCGUUUACAUAGAAGACUUACAACCAUUAAUCCUGGGAGAAUUCGUACCUUUAAAGCAGAGACUAAUAAAUUUUCUGUCAUCAGUUAAUAUUGAUGAUUAUUCCUGUCCACUAAAAGAAGAUCUUCUUAGGGCCAUCAAAGAUAAUUCCGUAUUUCAAAAGGGACUAGAAAUGGAGAUGGGCAAUCUUCCUGGUACGAGUUUGUUAAAUGCGUAUGACACAUUUACAUUCUUGAAUAGUCCCAAUAAAUCAUUCAAGAGACUUUACACUGAACAGCUAUUGUUUGGAGAAAAUGAUUUUCCUCUUUAUAAAGCAAUAUUUCAGCUAUCAGAUCAAUUUAGAAGACUUUUCAAUGAAACUGGAAAGGAAGAAGAUCUGUAUUCAAACUCAAAAAACGAUUUGAAAUUGCAAAUUGCCACCGUUGUUCUUAAUCGGCAAGUUUAUUUUUACAAAACAAUCGAGUUGUUUUUGAGAUUUUGGAUAGAAUCAUUAGCGAAAUCCCAAAAUGAUAUGAUUUCACUAUUAAAUUUGGCUAUUAUUACUUUAAGACAUGUUUGCUUAUCAUCAAACGAUUUGGAGUUGGCAGUACAAACAAAAUCACUUCUGGAGACUCAGGUUGAUGCACUCAACUCUAUGAGCUAUAGAUUCGCAAGAACAUUACAAUUAGACUCAAUUAAAAAAGAGCAAUACCGUACUUGGUCAUCUAGUAUUGCUAGCUUCGAUACAAUGUUAUCAGGCCAAGUUCAUGAUUAUGUUCGUCAUCAAAGACUUCUUCAAUUGCAAAAAGGUACAUGGGUGUAUGCAGAAAAUCCAUUGAAUUCUGAAGCUGGGACUCCAAAGGUUUACUUCCUCAUAGUGUCGGAUAAUCAUGCAAGUUUACUGGCCCGAGAAUUUGAAACCCAAACAAAUGAUUCACCUUACUUAUUUGAUAAUAAAAUCCUGACAAGUCCAGGUUGUGAAGCAUUAGCUAACGGCAGAACAAAAGUUGUCGUUUUGAAACAUAUAACCUCUUUUAAAAGCACAGGUCUUACUACGCCCAGCCGUCGAACCGGCAAUAACGUAUACGUCAAAUUGGAUGAAAGCAAUGUGUAUACUGAAGUUGAAUUAAAAGAUCGUAAUAACAAAACAGUCUUAAAGUUUUACUUAGACACAGAAGAGGGAAAGUAUAUAUGGUUAGACGGAUUGAAAUUGAUAUCCCCAUCGCAGCAUGAGGAUAUAUCUGAAGAUACGAAAGAUCAAAUAGACACACUAUUUGAUUUAAGAAAAAACGUACAGAUGAUAAAUUUAAAUGUUCGUCAAGAUAUUAUAUUGCCCCCACCCGAAGCAAGCAACGAGAGUGAAGAUGAAGAAUUUUACGACUUGGAAACAUUAAAGAAAGUAACCCAGAAUUUUUAUUUUGAUUAG